AUGCCUCCCUCAUCGCGACACAGCGCUCACCCUUGCCACCCUUCCCACCAUCCCCAUGCCGGUGGUAGAGAUCUUCACCACGCCGCUCCCCAAGCUGGUCCUGGCAACGCCCCCAUGCAUCACCCACAUUCAUCCUAUCCUCAGUCCAUGCCACCUCCUCCUGGUCUGCCACCACAUGCUAUGAAUGGCGUCAACGGCCCUCCCUCGGCUCACGCUCGUCCUCCUCCUCGUAUGGUCAUCGCCGAUGGUCCAGGUGGUCUAGGUGGCCCACCACCGCCCCCUCCCCCUCACAUCCCUCGAUCCUCUUCUGCUCAGAGUCGCAUCAUGGAAACCGCUGGCUCAGCUGCUCCUCCUGCUCCUCCUGCUCCUCCUGCUUCUUCGUCUCCUGCCCUUCAAAAGCUCUCGCUCGCCAAUGAGGCUGCCUGGCUUUCCCUCGGUUCGGCUGCAGAAACUAUGGAAGACUACGACCGCGCCCUCUCCGCCUAUGAAGCUGCACUUCGACACAACCCAUACUCGGUACCUGCUCUCUCCGCCAUUGCUGGCGUUCAUCGCACAUUGGAUAACUUUGAAAAGGCUGUCGACUACUUUCAGCGCGUGCUCAACAUUGUCCCUGAAAAUGGCGACACCUGGGGCUCCAUGGGUCACUGCUACUUGAUGAUGGAUGACUUGCAGCGAGCCUACACCGCAUACCAACAGGCCCUCUACCACCUGCCUAAUCCCAAAGAGCCCAAGCUUUGGUACGGCAUUGGUAUCCUUUACGACCGAUACGGCAGCCUCGAGCAUGCAGAGGAGGCAUUCGCCAGUGUCGUCCGCAUGGAUCCCAACUACGAGAAGGCCAACGAAAUCUACUUCCGCCUCGGUAUCAUAUACAAGCAGCAGAACAAGUUUCCUGCCAGUCUCGAAUGCUUCCGCUACAUCCUCGACAACCCACCGCGUCCGCUCACCGAGAUCGACAUCUGGUUCCAGAUUGGCCACGUCUACGAGCAGCAGAAGGAGUUCAACGCCGCCAAAGAGGCUUACGAGCGUGUCCUCGCCGAGAACCCCAACCACGCAAAGGUACUUCAACAGCUCGGAUGGCUCUAUCACCUCUCCAAUGCAGGCUUCAACAACCAGGAGCGUGCCAUUCAGUUCCUCACAAAGAGUCUCGAAUCCGACCCCAACGAUGCUCAGAGUUGGUACUUGCUUGGACGUGCUUACAUGGCUGGCCAGAACUACAACAAGGCCUAUGAGGCCUACCAGCAGGCUGUCUACCGUGACGGAAAGAACCCCACCUUCUGGUGCUCCAUCGGUGUCCUCUAUUACCAGAUCAAUCAGUACCGCGAUGCUCUCGACGCCUACUCGCGUGCCAUCCGUCUCAAUCCUUACAUCUCGGAAGUGUGGUUCGACCUUGGAAGUCUCUACGAGGCAUGCAACAACCAGAUCAGCGAUGCCAUUCACGCCUACGAGCGUGCUGCCGACCUCGACCCCGACAAUUUGCAGAUCCAACAGCGCUUGCAGCUUCUUCGCAAUGCCGAGGCCAAAGGCGGCGAGCUCCCAGAAGCUCCUGUUCCUCAGGACGUCCACCCUACAGCUUACGCCAACAACAACGGCAUCCCUCCCGGUCCUCCUACCCAAAUCGGCGGCGGUCCCGGUCCUUCCUAUCCUCCACCUCUUGGUGGACCCCAGCUCGCCGGUACGGGAGGUGGACGUGGCGAUCUUUCCGAACGCGAUCUUCCCGGGCCCGGUCACCUGCCUCAAUCGCACUCGCCACCUCCCUUCCGUGCCGGUGGAGGACCUCCCGGGUUGGUGGAUCGAGACUCGCGUGGCCCCGCUCCUGUCGCUCUUGCUCCUAUGGUCAGUCCAGAUGGAUUGGGUCGUGGCGGCUACCCGCACUCGCGCGGCCCUUCGCCUGGUCCACCACGCAUGGACCCAUACGGAAGGAGGAUGGGCUCGCCGCCGCGUGGAUCGCCUCCACCACCUCUGCGCCCAGACAUGCACGACAGACAUGGACAUGGUGGUGGCCCUCACGGUCACGGCGGCCCUGGUCAUGGCGACUUCCGUGGGCCGCCGUCUCUCGCAGCUGGCGCUCCGCUUGACCACUACGGCCGUCCCAUGGGUGGACCCAUGAGCGAGCGCGAGCGAGAGCUGGAAUGGGAGCGCGAACGCGAGAGGGAGCAGGCUGCCCGUGCAGGCUAUCCUGUCAGCGGUCGCAUCACACCCAAGAACGAGCCUGGCUAUGCACGAUCGCAUCACGGCAGCAAUGCGCCUUCGCCUGCCUUUGGUCGACCUCCCGUUUACGGACGUGAGGAGGCGGGACGAGACUACUACAACAACCGUCAUCCCAGUGCUGGUCCAGGUGGUCCACGUGGCGGCUACGAACGAGGGCCUCCCCCACCCGGCAUGCGUCACGACGAACGAGGGCCACCUCCGCCUCACUUUGAACAACACGAGCGUGGACAUCCCCCUGCGGGUUCGCCUGGCGAUGGACGAUAUGAUGGCUACGGCGAUGGUCCUGACGGUCCUAUGGGUGGUGCUGGUGCACGAUCUCAAGGUCCUCCUGGUCUUCGUGGUCCUACUCCUGAUUGGGAGCGUGCACGUGGUGGUGAGCACGGCCCUACUUGUGCUCAUGAUGGUGUUGAAGGUCGUGGUGCUGGUGGACCUGGUGCUGCUGGCGCUUCCGGCAAGGCCCGUCGAGGAGCCAAGGCCAAAGAUGAGCUCGAGUCUGCACCUGCACCUACUUCGCCGGCACCAUCGGCAGCAGGCAAGAAGGGAAAAGCAACAAGCUCGCGAGCCAGCUCGCCUUGGUCCGCCAAGGGUGGUGGCGCAGGCAAGAAUGGCAAGGCUGGCGCUGUUGGUGCUGCAGCGGCAAAGAAGGGUGCAUCGACUCCAUUGCGUGCGCGAGAGGACCAGGUGGACUCCCGACCUGGCUCGCCAGCAGGUGGUGUACGAGGAGGACAAGGAGUAGCACCACAACGCGACGCAUCUCCCGCCAGCUCGGAUGGCAGCAACGAGCCACUUGCAGCACGCGGGCCCUCGUCUCGCAUGGUUGAUGAGGACUAUGACGAAGGUGCUGCUGAUGCUCUGAUGGGUCUUGCUGGCGCUGCUUCUGCUUCUGCUUCUGCUUCUGCCUCUGCCUCUGCUCUUGUGUCAGCUGCUCCUGUUGCUGCUGCUCCUGUUGCUGCUGCUCCUGUUGCUGCUGCUCCUGUUCUUGCUGCUCCUGUUGCUGUUGCUGCUGCUACACCAGCGCCGGCUUCGGCUUCGGUUUCGGCUUGGGAUCGUGGCAACAGCCCUGACAAGCGUGCAGAGAGCUCGCUGGGUAAGCGACCUUACUCUGCUGAGGAGGACAAGAAUGCAGAUGGAAAAGAAGACUCGUACAAGCGAGCCAAGAGUGGCAGCGCUGCAGCUGCAGGUGGUGAUUCGGAGAAGGCUCAAAGUGCAUCAUCCAAUGGUGCGCUCAAGCCCGAGUCUGGAGCCGGUGCGGCAGAAGGAGAAGGCUCAGAGAGCUCAGGACGCAAAGUGGAAAGUGCAACAACCGCUGUUGGUGGCCGUACACCACCUGCCAAGCCAGUAGCUACCGCCUCCGCUUCGCCCAAGCCCGUCAAGAACGGCAAUGGAUUGGAGAAGAGCAGGGCUCAGCCGAUGGACAUUGAUCCAAGAGAACCUUGGCCUUCAAAAGCGACGGAGAAGGCUGCUUCUCUUAGCUCUACGGCCGUGAAGGACUCGACUGCCGAGGCUGGUACACCAGCUACUGCCUCUACACCUGCUCCUGCGCCGGCCACCACUGCAGGCAAACAGGAGGGAGCCGCUGCGGACAAUGCUGAUGACGAUGAGGAAGGGCAGAUCAAUGAAGAUGAGGAUAGCAAGGCAGAUGAGGGUAAGAAGUAA